AUGGCAGCCGCAGGGGGGGCUGCUAGUAUUCUAACCCAAGUGCAGCAGGGUGGCCCAGCUCCACUAAGUACACUGGGAGAUGUUGGACCCGAUGAAAUAAUAACUAUGGACCUUCGGGGCCGUUUGUUCACACUUUCUCGAGAUGAGCUUCUCACUCUACCUGAGUUUGUUUUGCUCUCAUUAUUUCCAAAUGGACUUCUUCCUGAUGGUCAACUGAAUAACUUUGACGAAAGUGACGCUUUCCAAGUUGAUAUGAUGCAGUAUGAUCCAGUCUCCUUACAAUAUAUGCUUGACUUCUUUCGGAAUGUUGCUCAAACUAUCACGUCAAGGAUGGAGCCUUCAUUUGUAUCUCCCAACACUGAUGCCGUGACUAUCGAUCCUCUACAGGGCACUUCACGCGAAAUGCUUCGAGACAGAGCAGGAAUAAUAGUUCUUAGAGAAGACCUAGACUUUUACGUGAUACCUCCGCGUGCAGAAAUCGAGCAACCUGAGAUGAUGAAUGUUAAGAGAGCUGCAGGAAGAGCUUUACUACGGCAAGAUGGAAUAUUUUCGGGAUUAAAAAGGUCAAAGGAGAAUGAAAAUGGUACAACAGAGCAACAUCUGAUAGAAAUGUUGACAGCAGGUGGUUUUAACCCUGAUGACCGCUGGGGCCAUCGAGCAAUCGAGCCAACAAAGGCAGUCAUUUGUAGCUUGGCACUAGCAAAGCUUAGAUCUGAUUCACGGGGGGAAACAGGAGGUAAUGCUGUUGGAAUGGCCCAAAAACUGCUCCUCUUCUGGAGAAAGCCUGCUCGGAGGUGUUGGUGGGAAGGGCUCGAACUUGAAAAUGUAGAGGGAGUCGAAGGAAAAUUAAAGGUUUGGAUCAGGAGAGUUUGGACACUGGAAAUGAGCGUCAUUGGAUUGAGAUAA